CAAAGAGGGAGAGCUGCUGUUCCAGAUGUUGCUGCAGCUGUGGCUUUGCGACGGGCGGAGUGAAUGGCGCACAUCUGGAUAGCCCCCAGCCUCCGCAAGGACAGCGGGACUGGUGUGUGUCUCUAGGGGGGCAGUGAGGGGGUGUGGAGUCAGUCUGAGCCGAGCCGAGCCGAGCCCAGGGUACACCUACACUGCCAGUGAAAGAUGCCCCUCGAGCCUACUGCAACCUUCCUGAGGGCGAGACUUCUUCUGAAGUCUCGGCGGGCGGUUCGGGAAGCCCGUUUCUUCUAACGCCAAGGACAGUGCCGCCAACCUUGAAGCAGCUCGGUUUCCGGAGCUCCUGGCAAGGGAGCUGGAGCCUUUGAAACUGCCGCUGGAGCGAGGGGCUGCAAGCGGGAGUCGGGAACUGGACCUGGUGCUGAAACAAUCAGCAGCGAGGAGGAGCCGGGAUUUGAAUCGUUCUCUCUGUUGAGGAUGGGAUUAUAUACAGGGCAUCAAUGCGCAGGAACGACCCGCUCGCCCUAAAUCAACGCGAUUGCUUAUUUAUUUCAUUCUUUUUCUCUGCUCUGAUCAAGACUGAGUCUCCGGGAGCCGCUGGAUCAGCCAGGGAAGAGUGUGUGGGACGAGGAGAACAGCUCCUGAAACCGGCCUUCAGCUUCUCUGACUGAACCAAAUUAAUGUUUCUUCGUAAAGGUGUCGCACUAAAUGCCUGGCUAGCCUCCCAGAACCUGCCUUGGGUGGUUCCAUGUAAGCCCAAAUGGUAAUCCUUGGCAAUGCAGGGAGGACGCACCACAGAUGGAAUUGACACUCUGUCCCAUAGGAGAUCCCGGCUGGAAGUGAGGGCCGGGAUUGGACUUUAUUCAGCCUGAGGAGCAGAAGGGCGGCUUCCAGAUGUCUGUUUCUCCAAUUUGUGGGAAACAUUUCAGCCAGUUCCUACUCUGCGCAGGUUAACAUUGAACUGACUUCCUGUACACCCAACCAGAGCAGCUCGCUGGUCUGACUGAUGAUGGAGCGGUUCCUCUUCUCCCUGCUGGUGCUCAGCCUGGCCGUGAAGGCCCAACUUUGCCCGAAGCGCUGCAUCUGCCAGAACCUCUCGCCUUCCCUCGCCAUCCUCUGUGCCAAAACCGGGCUGCUCUUCGUGCCGCCGUUAAUCGACCGGAGGACAGUGGAGCUGCGGCUGACCGAUAACUUCAUCACCACGGUGAGGAAGAAAGACUUUGCCAACAUGACCAGCCUGGUGCACCUGACCUUGUCCAGGAACACCAUCAGCCAGAUCAUGCCUCACACAUUUGCAGACCUAAGAGUUCUCCGUGCCCUGCAUCUGGACAGCAACAGGCUGACCACGGUCAGACCCGAGCAUUUCAAUGGUCUAGUAAACCUCCGACAUCUCAUCCUCAGCAACAAUCAGUUGCAUUAUAUUUCUGCCAACUCCUUUGAUGACUUUGUUACGUCUCUUGAAGAUCUGGAUCUUUCCUACAACAACUUGCAGAAUUUGCCCUGGGAAACUAUUGGGAAAAUGACAAACGUCAACACUCUUAGCUUGGACCAUAACCUGAUUGACUUUGUCCCAGAAGGAACGUUUUCCAAUCUCCAUAAGCUGGCCCGACUGGACAUGACAUCCAAUAAACUUCACAAGUUGCCCCCCGACCCCUUGUUUCUCCGGGUCCAAAUGUUUGCGAAGACAAAGGGCUCUCCACUCUCGUCUCUUGUUCUCAGCUUCGGUGGGAACCCACUCCACUGUAACUGUGAACUGCUCUGGCUGAGACGCCUUACCCGAGAGGAUGACCUGGAGACUUGCGCCUCGCCACAGCAUCUAAUGGGCAAAUACUUCUGGUUCAUUCCUGAGGAGGAAUUCACCUGCGAUCCCCCACUGAUCACUCGCCAUAGCUCCAAGAUCUUCGUCAUGGAGGGCCAGAGGGCCAUCCUGAAAUGCAAGGCGAUUGGGGACCCUGAUCCGUCCAUUCACUGGACCUCACCAGAAGGGCGUCUUAUCUCCAAUUCAAGUCGAGCCACCACCUAUGAGAAUGGUACACUGGAGAUCCUGAUCACCACCCCUAAGGACACGGGGACGUUCACCUGCUUUGCUUCUAAUGCUGCUGGAGAUGCUAUGGUUGAGGUGGAGCUGAUUGUGAAUCCUCUCCCCCAUUUUGCUAAUAGCACUAAUAACAUCAAAGAACCAGAUCCUGGUUUGUCGGACAUCACCACCUCUGCCAAGUCUGGUUCUCCUCCUGCUGGAAAUGAGACAAAGGCUCCACAGGACAAGAAGGUCACAGCAACUGACCUGACCUCCUCUUCAGUCCAAAUCCGUUGGCCGUCUCAACGUCACGUGCCCGGCAUCCGUAUGUACCAGGUCCAGUACAACAGCUCUUUCGAUGAUGUCCUCGUAUACAGAAUGAUUCCAUCUUCAAGCAAGACCUUCCUGGUGAAAGACCUGGUUGCUGGGCGAGACUAUGACCUGUGCGUGCUGGCUGUCUAUGACGAUAGGCAGACAUCCCUGACAGCUACCCGAGCAGUGGGCUGCGUGCAGUUCACCACCGAGAAGGAAUAUACCCAGUGCCACUCCACACACACCCAGUUUCUUGGUGGCACCAUGAUCAUCAUCAUCGGCGGUAUUAUCGUGGCUGCUGUCCUUGUCUUCAUCAUCAUCCUCAUGAUACGGUACAAAGUGUACAACAACACGGCAGAACACAAGGCCAAGGUCAGUAACGUCUACUCACAGACCAAUGGAAGUCAGAAUGGGGCCAUGCCAGCAUCCACUUCAAAGUUGACCGAAAGUCUGGAGGAACAUGUCCAGGAAACGUUGACAGAUCCCACCAAAGAAACCUUGGCUGUAGCUUUAACUUCGGGCUAUGAGAACGUUUCUGUCACUCAAGGCCCCUCUUUUUCUACAGGAGACACAAGCCCUCACAAAGGAAGGAGAACUUGGUCGUGCACAGACCUGCAGAAGGAAGGCCCCCUCUCCCUGAAGGAGGCUCCAGGUGAAGGUCAAGGUAGCACCACUUUGAAACAGCUGCAGUGCAAAGAUCACAAGUAACAGAUGGAAUCUAGCGCACUUGCCCAUUGCUGGAACUGAUGGAUGUCCCAUGGCGGCCUUCAUAUUCAGUCUGGGCUCUCCAAGUGCAGCUCCCAAGAACAGAUUGGGGAGUGGGCUGGAAGUUGAGAUCCACAAGAAAUUCCUGUUUUUCUCUUCCAUUUUUGUACAUAAUAUAUUUUUGAUACCUUGAAGCAUGGCAUUUGAAGAGUGUCUGAUGUGUUCUAGAUAAGCGUGUGUCUGUGGGUGUCUGUAUCUACAAGAUAUGUACAGAAAUAAUAGGGCGGAAGACGUUUGAGCAACAUCAUUUGUCUUGAUCAACUGCAAAGGCUGUAAUUCUGAACUACAGCCAACAAUUGCCGGAACAUUCUGCUAUAUCUCCUCCUAAUCACCAUGGAUCCUGAAUGAAUUUCAAUUCUUUCAUUAUGCUUCCCAUUGUCUCAUUUUAAUAUCACCAUGGCCAUUUCACUAACCUCCUGUUUCUCAUUUGGAGUCAGUACAGAUGCAAUUUGCUGCAUCGAUUUUUGUAUAGUUUUGGUUAAAUUUGAUUUUUCUCUCUGCAAUUGUGUGUGUAACUAUCCAGUUGUGUCUGUCUAUGAGUCUUGGUGUCUCCUUCUCUGUGAUAUGAUGUGGCCACAUUUGUGUGAAAAUGAGAGACUCUGCCUGUAUGCGUGUGUGUGUGUGUGUGUGUGUGUGUGUGUGUGUGUGUGUGUGUGUGUGUGUGUGUGUGUGUGUGUGUACGUGUGUGCAUGUGUGAUUAUGUGUGUCUGCAUACAUGUGUGUGUGCACGCAUGUCAGUGUGUGCAUGUGUGAAUGUGUGUGUGUGCAUGUGUGUGUGUGUGCACUCACGUGUGAGUGUGUGUAUGUGCAUACGUAUGCACACGUGAGUGUGUGUGCGCGCACAUGGGUGUGUGAAGGUAUGUUUGAGCGUGUGUGUGUGUAUGUGUGACAGUGUUACUGCAUUGAUGCCUGUGUGUGACAGGUGUGUGUAUGUGUGAGUUUGCAUGGAUGUGUGAAGGUAUGGGUGUGUAUGUGUGACAGUGUGAGUGUGAAUGUAUGCAUAUGUGUGAUCGGUGUGUGGGCGUGUGAGUGUUAGUCUGAGCACAAGCAUGUGUGUGUGUAUCUGUGUGUAAGUGUGGCUGUAUGUGUGAGUGUGAGUGGGCUCAUGCGUGUGUGUGCAUAUGUGCAUGAGUAUAUGUGUGUAUGCAUGAGUGAGUGUGAGUGUGUGAGUGUGAAAGAGAGAGAUAGAGAGAGAGAAAGACAGUGUGUGCUGUGUACAGAUGUGCAAUUUGAUGUCAGUGUGCUUUCCCCAUGCAUUCUCCUUUGCCAUGUUACACUCUGUGUGCCUUCUGUGUACCUGUCACCAGUCCUACAGCAACCUAAAACCCUGGCAAUUCCAUCCCUCCUGUUGUCUCCAGCCCCGGCACCUCCUCCUUUCUUGUCAUCUGCAGCCCAGCACCACCCACCACUACCUGUCCUAUUGUCUCCAGUCCUGCUGACAGGGUCAGCAUUUGGCACUUUGUUCUGAUUGGUUUCUGCUGCUGUACAGGUGUCAGAGACCCUCUACUGAGGUCAAACUCUGUCAUUGCAGGGGUCUCUGUGUUCCCCAUCUGCUCAAGGUCUUUGAUGUCUAAUUUAAUUCAAGCACCAACAACAAUUCAAAAUCGCCAUUUUUGUAGAACUUAAUCUGAAAAGGGUUGCUUUGAGUAAAAUACAGAUGCUUGAUGCUGUGGAAGUGGAACCCAAUGGACUACGGUAAAGAUGGACAGCCAAGUUAGGUGGUCUGGGUGAGGAACUGCAGUUACUGACUGGAGUGACUCCGAAGGCACCUUACACACCGGCCACCUCUCCAUCCAGGGCAGCAGGGGCAGUGAGCACCACCACCCACUGGUUCCCCUCUAAGUUAUACCACCAUCCUUACUUGGAAUUAUAUCACCGCUCAUCCAUUCUCACUGCCUCUAAAACCCCUGGCCAGCAGUACCAUGGAGAGCUCCUUCACCAACAGCACCAUGGAGAGCUCCUUCAUGAGAAGGACUAAAGUGGUUUGAGGUGGUAGCUCAACUUCACCUUCUCGAGAGCAUCCUGGGCAAUAAGUGCCAGAUUUGCCACUGACACCCACAUCCUGAAAGAUCUAUAAGUCAAAUAAAUCCAGGCCAGCAAGGAAUUUCAGAUCAGAGGCUCCAAACGUGUAGUUGCUGGACUGUGUGUAUAAGAUGCCAGCUCAUACAAUAUAUAAGUUAAUGAAUCACCCAAUGUUCUUAC